AUGGAACAACUUCCUUUUUCUUUUAACUCUGAAAAUGUUACAGUUUUAUUUGACUCUGAUAGAUUUGGGUUUUCAAAGAAUUAUUUAUAUAAAUUAAUUUAUAAGAAAAAAAACAUGUUCUUUUUAGUCUUUGUUGAAGGAAUGAAGCCAAUUGGGUUUUAUGUGGAUAGUCUCUUUUUAGAUGAGUGGUUUCACGUAGACAGUUUUUCUAUUAUUGAAUUUGUAGACCAAUCUAAUUUCUGUUGUCAUAUUCACAAAUCCAUUUAUGACACACUUCUUUUCAAUAAAAAAAAUAAGUUUAUGUUUGGGGUUCAUGGCCUUUUUGGAUUGAAGGUGACAAAGAGGUUUAGUUCAAAUAUUAUAACUUGGGACAAUGAAAGAAUGAAGUCAGAAUAUCCAACAGUAGAUUUCUUUAAGCCAACAACAAAGUACCCAGUUGUUCGACUUCUUGUGUUAUUACAAAAUGAAUAA